AACUGUUUAGACAACAUCCAGAUCCAGUGUUGUGGUUUCAAUUUUACAAACAGUAACACGCCCGUGCCAUUUUCUUUCAUUUAAGAGUAGCAUUGGUAGAUGUGGUAGGCGCAGCCGCAGUACCCGCCACUGGUUUUCCGUGGGAUUCCGGUGUUUCUCUCGAACUCAAUGUUUCAUGUUUGGAUGCUGCAUAUGUUCUUGUUUGUAUAUAAAAUCUAGAUCUAUUAUUUAUGAUAUCAAUCAAUUAUUAAACUGAAUCUAUGGUUUUUGUUUUUAAUUUCAUAUGGUUUAUGUCAUGGUUUUUGUUCAAUUUCAUAGAUUUUAGUUUUCGGAAAUGUAUUUCUGAAACACCAAAAAACACUCUCAUUUGAUAUCUUCGAAAAUGCAUUUCUAAAAUUUGGAAAAAUCUAAAAAAAAAAUUACUUUGAAAAUGCAUUUCCAAAAUAGAAAUAUUUUGAAAUUUUCGCUGCAGAAAACCAAAAAGGUAGGAGUCAAUAAAAAAAUUCUCAUAAUAAAAUAUGAAAGGUAGGAUGUAUAAUAUGAGGGGUGGCAAGAAGGUUUCUCUACUUCUGUGUACGUACCCAUCGUCUCUGACUCGCUCUGUCAAUCACAAUUCCACUUUUGACUCGUCCGAGUCAACCCGCACCCUCACUUCAUGCAUGGAACUUCACACCCACUUGAUCAAGUUUGCAUUUUCCCGCCACCCAAAUCUCAGAAAACAUUUGACAACACUCUAUUCUAGCUCUCGUUGUUUUGGGCAUGCCCGUAACCUGCUCGAUAAAAGUACUGAACCAAGUACAGUUGUUUCUUGGUCUGCAUUGAUAUCUCGCCAUGUGCAAAAUGGGUUUCAUAAAGAGGCCUUAUUGGCAUUUAAUGACAUGUGUACAUUGGGACUUAAGUGUAAUGAAUUUACUUUCCCAAGUGUUCUCAAAGCAUGCUCAAUCAAGAAGGAUUUGAAUAUGGGGAAAAAGGUUCAUGCCAUGACUGUGGUCUCAGGGUUUGAGUCUGAUGCUUUUGUUUCCAACACUUUGGUUGUUAUGUAUGCUAAAUGUGGGGAUUUUAUUGAUUCUAAGAAAUUGUUUGGUAUGAUUUUGGAGCCGGGUGUUGUUUCGUGGAAUGUCAUGUUUUCUUGUCAUGUGCAGAGUGAUUUCUUAGGUGAAGCUGUUGAUUUAUUUAAACGAAUGCUUGAGAGUGAAGUAAGACCUAACGAGUUCAGUCUUUCGAUUAUAUUGAAUGCCUGUGCUGGAUUGCGGGAUGGGAGUCUUGGAAGGAUGGUUCAUGGUGUUUUAAUAAAGCUUGGACAUGGUUUGGAUCAAUUUUCUACGAAUGCGUUGGUUGAUAUGUAUGCUAAAGCGGGGAGGAUUGAAGAUGCUGUUGCUAUUUUUCGAGAAAUUAUACACCCUGAUACUGUUUCUUGGAAUGCAGUUAUUGCUGGUUGUGUUCUUCAUGAUUAUAAUGAGUUGGCUUUGAUACUGUUGAAUGAAAUGAAAAAGUCGGGAACUUGUUGUCCCAAUGUGUUUACAUUAUCAAGUGCCUUGAAAGCUUGUGCUGCAAUGGGGUUUAAGGAUUUAGGUAGACAGAUACAUUCUUGUUUGGUAAAGAUUGAUACUGAUUCAGAUUUGUUUGUGGCUGUUGGGCUAAUAGAUUUGUAUUCCAAGUGUGAGAUGAUGGAUGAUGCAAGAAGAGCUUAUGAUUUGAUGCCAACAAAGAAGGAUAGUAUUUCAUGGAAUGCUUUGAUCUCCGGUUACUCGCAGUGUGGUGAUGACUUACAAGCAGUCUCACUUUUUUUCAAAAUGUGCCAUGAAAAUAUUGAGUUCAAUCAAACUACUUUGUCGACGGUUCUUAAAUCUGUGGCCAGCUUGCAGGCAAUUAAGGUGUGCAAGCAAAUUCAUACAAUUUCUAUAAAGUCUGGAAUUUAUUCGGAUUUCUAUGUUAUAAACAGUCUUCUUGACACUUAUGGAAAAUGUAGUCAUAUAGACGAAGCAUCUAAAAUAUUCGAAGAGCGCACUUGGGAAGAUUUGGUGGCUUACACAUCCAUGGUAACUGCAUAUUCUCAGUAUGGGGAUGGGGAGGAGGCUUUAAAGCUAUAUUUGCAAAUGCAGGUUGCAGACAUCAAGCCAGAUCCGUUUGUCUGCAGUUCUCUUUUAAAUGCUUGUGCAAACUUGUCGGCAUAUGAGCAAGGGAAGCAACUACAUGUCCAUGCCAUUAAGUUUGGAUUUAUGUCUGAUAUUUUUGCCAGUAAUUCUCUUGUUAAUAUGUAUGCAAAAUGUGGAAGCAUAGAGGAUGCUGGUUGCGCCUUUUCCGAGAUACAUCAGAGAGGAAUCGUCUCAUGGUCUGCAAUGAUUGGAGGGCUGGCUCAACAUGGACAUGGUAAAGAGGCUCUUAAGUUGUUCAAUCAAAUGCUUGAAGAUUGCGUGUCACCAAACCAUAUUACAUUGGUCAGUGUUCUCUGUGCAUGUAAUCAUGCCGGUUUGGUAAAUGAAGGGAAACAAUAUUUUGAAACAAUGGAAGAAAAAUUUGGAAUCAAACCUACACAAGAGCAUUAUGCUUGCAUGAUCGAUCUCCUUGGAAGAUCAGGGAAACUAAAUGAAGCAGUGGAGCUUGUGAAAUCCAUUCCAUUCGAAGCUGAUGGAUCGGUUUGGGGUGCGCUUCUUGGUGCUGCAAGAAUCCAUAAAAAUGUCGAACUUGGUAAGAAAGCUGCAGAGAUGCUUUUCGCUCUUGAGCCAGACAAAUCUGGUACUCAUGUUCUCCUUGCAAACAUUUACGCCUCAGCAGGGAUGUGGGAAAAUGUUGCGAGUGUUAGAAAGGUUAUGAAAAACAGCAAUGUGAAGAAGGAACCUGGCAUGAGUUGGAUUGAGGUCAAAGACAAGAUACACACUUUCAUUGUCGGAGAUAGAAAUCAUUCUAGAAGUGAUGAAAUAUAUGCUAAAUUGGACGAAUUAAACGACCUUCUAAGUAAAGCUGGAUACAGUCCCGUCACAGAGAUUGAUAUACAUAAUGUGAACCAAAGUGAAAAGGAAAAGCUCUUAUAUCAUCAUAGUGAGAAACUUGCUGUGGCUUUUGGGUUAAUAGCUACACCACGUGGAGCUCCAAUAAGAGUAAAAAAGAAUUUGAGAGUUUGUGUUGACUGCCACACUUUUCUCAAAUUUGUAUCUAAGAUUGUUUCAAGGCAAAUUGUUGUUAGAGAUAUUAAUAGAUUCCACCAUUUUAAAGAUGGAACAUGUUCUUGUGGUGAUUAUUGGUAAUAUCAUUAAGAUGAUGAAUCAUUCAUUAUAUACACAUACAUGGAAAAUGCUGAUUCUUACCAACUUGAUUGUAAAUCAAGCAUACUGAUGACACGGUGGUAACAGUGUGGAAAAAAUCAAAGACAGAAGAAAUUGGUGAAAGGAAACGCUCAGCAUUGCCAUCUUCCUUGAUCAUGACAACACCACCGUAUCCAACCUCACUGGUCUUUCCGAUGCAAAGACGACAUUGCCUGAUUUCCAGUUGUUGCGGGAUAAUCAUUCAAUUCUUUUUUGUGGAGUGUUCUGUAUGUAGGGGAAGGAGUGUGAGGCGGUGAUUGAUAUUAUGGGGCAGUUCUGUUGGCCCUUUGAGAGCCGUUGGUCAAUGAAGGGCAACGGUAAGGGAAUCAAUUUUGUUGUAUAAAUUUUAUCAAUUAAUUCAACUUAUGUACUGAUAUUUCAGAAGUGUUCUCAAACUGUUUUUGUGAGGAUUAUGUACUUCCAAGUUCCAUCUUACAUCCCUAUUGCUUGUAAAACAAUUAGAAAGGGAGGUUCAAUAGCUUAAUAGAUUGUUAUCAGACAGAGGAGUACCACUUCAAGACCACACUGUCUCUCUAGGCCAAUGUGAAUGUGAGUGUCUUCAAAAAAAUUCACUGGCUUACAAAAUUACAAAAUUUGUGAAUGUAUCUUUUAGAAUUCUAGGAUAAAUUUCCCACCUUUAUGUAUGACCAAUACACAGUAUUGUUGUUGAGUAUAAUAACUCAGAACUGUAAAUGUUAGUUUUAUCUUAAUUCUUAAGUACCAUGAAAUAAGUUUAUUCAUUUAUUUGGUGUUGGGAUCAAAAUC